AUGAUGACAUACAACUUAGGUGAUGCAAAAACAAAGUAUAAUUACAACGAUAAUAGUCACGAAAAGAAACUGAUGCGGAGGGAUUCCGUACCUCUAGAUGUAUUUGCAUCGAUGAUGAACGAAUCGAGUCUUCCCUCGACGAAUCCGGCACUGGAGAUGUAUAAACUGACCAAACCGUCUUUGAAAUUUCACUUCUCUACUUUUGCGUCAGUAUUCUCUGCGCCUGCCUGGGUCCCCGAUGAUGGCGGGCCUGAUAUGCCUUAUGAUGAUAAAUCUCAAUAUCAUCAUCAUCAUCAAAAUAACCACAAUCAUUACCACAAUCAUCAUCACAAUCAUACGGAUACAUGUGUAGGUGCUGGCACCGAUCAUAACAGUGACGAAUCUGUCGCUGCGUCCCUAUGGGACCCAAACUACGAAAACCAAUUUGGAAACGUAUGGCAAACCAAUCACAUUGCCUAUCCUCUUAACCAACAUUACCCUCAGAACAUACCGCAGCCUUCAUCUCAGCGUCCGUCGCAAAGUAGCGAGCUUCAACAAGUCGGUACUAACAUUCAACUAUGUCAUCCACCUAAACGCACUCAUACGACAAAUGUAAAUGCAAGGAGCGGUAAUUCAGUGACAGAAUCGGUGGCCGGCUCUGUUUCAGACUCUGUCACUGAAUCCGAAAUGGACUCGGAGUUUGCUGAAAGAGCUAACUCCAUGUCAAGUUUUGAAGGAGCCUUCAAUAUUGCUUCCCCCUCAAUAUUCCCUAUGCUGGAAGAUACAGCACCUCAAGGCAUGAAACAGUCGUUAUCGACGUGCCCUUCUAUUCAUGAACAAAACAACCACUAUGGUGCCUCGAUGCGUUCCUCGUCAUCGUCCUCUGUGUCAUCGCUUACAUCCACUUCAAAUUCAACUGCUAAUUCCAAGUAUAGAUGUGCAGAAUGUGGUAAGGCUUUUGCAAGACCAAGCUCUUUAAGCACGCAUAUGAACAUUCAUACAGGGGACAAACCUUACAAAUGUCUUUAUCCAAACUGUUAUAAACAAUUCAACGCUAAAUCUAAUAUGUUAAGGCAUUAUAAAUUGCAUCUUAAAACCCCAAAGGUAAAAGCAAAAUCUAGAACAAGAUCACCAAAGAGCUUUUGA